AUGGCAACCAAACGUCUUCGAGAAGAGUGCGAAACUGAUAAUGGCCAUGAGCAAAAGCCACGACAAGAAGAAGAAGAAGAAGAAGAAAAAGAACAACAACAAGAACAACCUCAGCAGGAAAGACAAGGAGAAAAUAAACAAAAUGAAAAAGAACAAGAACAAGAACAGAAGAAUGGAACCAAACGAUCUCUGCGAGAGGCACGCUUUGAAGGACGCGCCAUGAAUGAAGACUUCCAUCAACAACUCGGUCCAUAUGAAAGACCAGACGAGGCGACAGAUGUGGAGGAUUUACUGCAUGGACAUGAAGACUUUGGGGAUUUACCAGAAGACCGUCGCCGCGCAUUAUUGGAGUCUGUGCGUAUAUUAGCUCAGAAAGCCACAACAUCAAAGAAUAAGAAUCAAUUGGAACAUUUACGCGUAAAGGCAUCUCGUCUCGUUGGAUUUAAAGAUACAGCACGCAAAUCGGAACUUAUCGCGGCUUAUCGCCAUUUAGUUCGUGCUGGGGAAUUGCAGGAAUCACCGGCAAUAGAAGAUCUUCUCUUGCGUAAGCGUGGGAAAUCUCAUAGUGGUGUACUUGUGGUAACAGUCUUUAUGGGACCUGGAGAGUUCUCCUGUCCAAAGGAUUGUCACUAUUGUCCAAAUCAGCCUGGUAUUGCCCGUUCUUAUCUAUUGAAGGAACCAGGCGUUUUACGAGGAUAUCGUAAUGGAUGGGAUCCUAUUAAGCAAUUCUAUGAUCGUGCUAGUGCAUUAGAAAAUAAUGGACAUGUUGUUGAUAAGAUUGAGUUAAUUAUCCUUGGUGGAACCUUUUCAUUUUAUCCAAAGAAAUAUGCAGAAGAAUUUUUUGCUGGAUUUUUUUAUGCUGCUAAUACCUACUAUGAUUCCACCCCAUUACGUCCUAUAAAGACAUUACAGGAAGAAAUUACAAUUAAUGAAGAUGCCCGUUGUCGUAUUAUUGGUGUUACUGUUGAGACUCGACCAGAUUAUAUUAAUAUAACAGAGUUACGUCGUUUUCGUACACUUGGUGUUACUCGUGUACAACUUGGUAUACAACAUCUAGAUGAUGAUAUUUUAACCGUAGUUAAUCGUGAUUGUCCUACGGCUAAGACUAUAGUAGCUAUUAAACGUUUACUAGAUGCAGGAUUUAAAGUGGAUGCCCAUUGGAUGCCUGAUUUACCAGGAAGUAGUUAUAUAAAGGAUCGUGAAAUGUUUGAAUAUCUUUUUUCUACCGAUAAUGAAAAUUUUCAGGUGGAUCAAUGGAAAGUUUACCCUACAGCUACAGUCCCGUAUACAAAGAUUGAGGAAUGGUAUCGAAAUGGAUUAUAUAAACCAUAUGCAGAAAUAGAUAAUGGUAAAUGGAUGGUAGAACUACUUGUAUAUAUUAUGCAAAACUGUCCACAUCGCAUUAGACUUAAUCGUAUUAUUCGUGAUAUUCCUACCACUUAUAUUAUGGGAGGAGAACGACGAUGUAAUCUACGACAAGUCAUUGAAGCUGAAAUGAAAUCAAAAGGUAUUCAAUGUAAAGAUAUCCGUGAACGAGAGUGUAAAGGCGCCUCUGUUGAUCGUAAUAAUACAAAACUUUUUAUAGAUGAAUUUCGGGCCAGUAAUGGAACAGAAUUUUACAUCUCUGUAGAGAAUGUAGAACGUACAAUCCUUUACGGACAUUUACGAUUACGUUUACGUGAUGACAGUAGUGUGAACAAUUCUCUCUUUAAAGCCCUUGAGGGAUGUGCGUUAAUUCGUGAAUUACACACAUAUGGACGACUUGUAGCGGUCUCUCGGCCUAAUUCCGGUAAUGAGGCUCAACACAUGGGCGUUGGCACUCAAUUAAUGCGAGAGGCGGAGCGAAUAGCGGCGGAUCGUGGGUUUACUUCCAUUGCUGUGAUUGCGGGUGUUGGGGUUCGGCGAUAUUACGCUAAAUUGGGAUAUGAACUGGAGGAUACAUAUAUGAUUAAGCGAAUUGCAGCGGAUGGGGGAAAUGCGAUUACAGAGGAACAGGUGGAACAGGAUGAUGAUAAUGAUAACGUUGGAUUCUUCUCUAAACUAAAGGGAUUGUUCUUUGGUAAGUGA